ACUGUCUGUGUGAGUGUGUGUGUGCGUGCAUUGGUGCCCUGUGAUGGGCUGGCCCCUCGUCCAAGGUGUCCCCUGCCUUGUCACCAGAUUUCCCUUGAAUAAGCUCCAGGCUCCCCACGACUCUGUGUAGGAUAAGCGGUACAGAAAAUGGAUGGAUUUAUUAUCGUUAUUAUUCCAAAUCUAACAUCUAUGAGGAGAGAAGUCGUGUUUAUACACCAUCAACCAAAAAUAACAGAGCUUGCGUAUGAAAGUUAGAUAGCUGAAUAGGGAUAUAUAUAUAUAUAUUUUUUUAUAUCAAAGUUACAAGGAGAACCAGAGAACAAGAAGAAGAACAAGAAGACCAAGAGGAACAAGAACAAGAAGGAUAAGAACAAGAGGAAGAAGAACAAGAAGACCAAGAGGAACAAGAACAAGAAGGAUAAGAACAAGAGGAAGAAGAACAAGAAGAAGAACAAGAAGACCAAGAGGAAGAAGAACAAGAACAAGAGGAAGAAGAACAAGAACAAGAGGAAGAAGAACAGGAGGAAGAAGAACAUGAACGUCCUUCACUAUUACAUUCCACUCCUGUUGGUGGCGGUAAUGUACCCCAUACUGUCUGCCAUUACAUUAGAAGAAGAAGACCUCACAAACGAAGAAGAAGGAUUUCUCGACAGGAUUCCACAGGGGAAAAGGAAGUUAGACCUGAACAGGUAGCAGCUCGCUGAGGUUUUGACUCCGAGAAUCACGUUUUCUAAUGGAGUCAGAGCUUUGUGAGAAUGUGAAAACUGAGUUUUGCAUGACUUCAGAUGGGGGGACAUCAGACUCUGUGCGAUUUGUGAUCCCUAUUCCUGUGGAUCAACAGAAGCCUGUGAAAAAAGAAGAACCUGAAGAUGAAGCCUAUCUCUAUGGAGGGCCAUCAAGCCCUGUGGGAUGUGUCAUCACUACUGACCAACAGACUGGAGGGUUCCAGAGGAACCUUAUAAAAGAGGAAGAACCUGAAGAUGAUGAGUUCCUCUACUGUGAGGACUGCAGAUCCUACUUCAUCAACAAGUGUGAGGUUCAUGGUCCCGCUCUUUUCAUCUCUGAUACCCCCGUUCCUCUGGGGAUUGAUGACCGAGCCAGACAAACCCUUCCACCCGGUCUAGAGGUUGGAAAGUCUGACAUUCCUGAUGCAGGCCUCGGGGUGUUCAAUAAGGGGGAGACGAUUCCACUUGGUGCACACUUUGGGCCGUAUGAAGGAGACCUGGUGGACAGAGAGGAAGCCAUGAAUAGUGGCUACUCUUGGGUGAUAUCCAGGAGCAGACAAUGUGAGACAUACAUCGAUGGCCAGAGAGAGAUGCAUUCUAACUGGAUGAGGUAUGUGAAUUGUGCUCGUAAUGAAGAAGAACAGAAUCUUGUGGCAUUCCAGUAUCGAGGAGGCAUUCUCUUCUGUUGCUGUCAGCCCAUUAAAACAGGACAAGAGCUCUUGAUGUGGUACAAAGAUGACUAUGGCAAAACCCUUGGCCUUGCCUUUGAUUACCUCUGGAAGAAAAAGUGCUCCUCAAAUGAAAUGAACAAUUCCCUGCUGCAACUUUUCUCCUGCUCCUGGUGUCUGUUUUCCUACACUUCCCAGUUUCAUCUUGACAAUCACAUCAGGAGAAGCCACUCUGAGGAGAAUAUGAUAUCAUGUGAAAUUAAAAAUGACAACGUGAUGCCCACAGUGAGCUCCAAUAUACAGCAAACAUGGCCUGAUACUCUCCACACGGACACCACUCAUGGACAAAUGCAGAAAGAACUCUAUCACUGCUCAGAAUGUGAGGAGGAUUUUAUUUCUGUCUAUAACCUCAGUAAGCACCAGUGUGUCCACACAAGACAAAAGCCAUUUCCCUGCACGCAGUGUGGGAAGCGUUUUACUUACCAGCGUAAUCUCGGACAGCAUCAGCGCAUUCACACCGGAGAGAAGCCGUAUCGCUGCUCGCAGUGCGGGAAGAGCUUUAAUAACGGGAGUAAUUACAGACAACACCAACGCAUUCACACCGGAGAGAAGCCGUAUCGGUGCUCGCAGUGCGGGAAGAGUUUUACUAACCAGUGUCAUCUCCGACAGCAUCAGCACAUUCACACAGGAGAAAAACCACAUCGCUGCUCACAGUGUGGGAAGAGCUUUAAUCAACAGAGGUAUCUGGAAAGACACAAGAGCGUUCACUCGGGAGAGAAGCCGUAUUACUGCUCACAGUGUGGGAAGAGUUUCAAUCGACAGAGUCAUCUCCAAACACACGAGCGCAUUCACACGGGAGAGAAACCGUAUCAGUGCUCGCAGUGUGGGAAGAGCUUUAAUCAACAGAACGAUCUCCAAAGACACCAGCGCAUUCACACGGGAGAGAAACCGUAUCACUGCUCAGAAUGCGGGAAGAGUUUUAUUCAGCAGAGCGAUCUUCAAAAACAUCAGCGCGUUCACAUGGGCGAGAAACCGUAUCACUGCUCACGUUGUGGACAGAGGUUCACUUCUGUCAAUUCAUUUACGACACAUAAGUGCACCAAUCUAGACCAGACAAUUUAAAGUACAACAUAGAACAUGAUUAGCGCAUAUAUAAUAUAAUAUAAUAUAAUAUAAUAUAAUAUAAUAUAAUAUAAUAUCUCAAUGUAGUAAAAGUUUAGCUGGUGUUUAUGACAAAUGUCCUCCAGAAGCUGUGCUUCUUCUGUUUCUUCCUUUUAUUCCAACACUACUACAAAUAAUAAUAAAAAAAGUUCAUAUAUCAGUCCCUUGAGGAUUUAGCGAAAUCAUGGAAACUCAAGAGCAGAGAUGCGUCAUGUGACGUCAUCGAGACGUAGGUUCAGCCAAAGCCCUCAUUGAUUAAUGUGCACCGAACACGAGUACAGCUAAAAAGUCUUAUUUACUAACAAACGUCACCGUGAAAGACCGUGCAAAAUAUUUUCGUGCGAUUGCGAUUUCGCCAGUUCGAGUCGUUUCCCGGAAAAUAAAAAAGCAUAAAAAUUGCUGUGCAAAUUCGGAAAAAAGUCGCAGCAAAAUCGAGCGUUUUUGGUUGCAACAAGCACAAAAAACAAACAAACAAACAAAAAAAAACCUCUGAAAUCCUGUAGGGACUGAUAUAUUUAUUCCAUAGGACGUUCCUCCUGUAUAUUAACCCUUUGUAUACUGUAAGCCUGCUUUGAAUUUGAUUUAGCUUUGACUUUUUCACCCACUUCACCUUUUAUCAUUACUGUUUUUGUGCCACAAUGUUUGCGCAAGACUUUCAUAAAAGAAUGUAACGAAAAACAUGAUCACAAGUUAGCUCUGAUGAAUUGGACUGUGUCGUUGUUAAGUAGCAGCACUCACCGGUCAUGCUCCUGCCGGGUUGGCUACUUCCUCUCCUCUGAGCAUUUCACUUCCCCCUACUGUCUAGCUGGCCAAGUGGAGUAGAUUUUUAUUGUAAUUACAACCAUAUACUAUGUACAGUAUAAAGUGAGAUAAAAUAAC